CCUGGACGCCCUGAAGAUCAGCAUCCGCCAGCUCAAGUGGAAGGAGUUCCCAUUUGGCCGACGCUUACCUUGCGAUAUCUACUGGCAUGGAGUUUCAUUUCACGACAAUGACAUAUUCUGUGGUCAAGUGAACAAGUUUCCAGGCAUGACGGAGAUGGUGCGUAAAAUCACUCUGAGCAGAGCGGUGAGAAUCAUGCAGAAUCUCUUUCCUGAGGAGUACAACUUCUACCCUCGCUCAUGGAUUCUGCCUGACGAGUUCCAGCUCUUUGUUGCUCAGGUUCAAAUGGUGAAAGACGGUGACCCCUCCUGGAAGCCCACUUUUAUUGUGAAACCUGAUGGUGGUUGUCAGGGUGAUGGAAUCUACCUCAUUAAAGACCCCAGUGACAUCCGCCUGACAGGGACCCUCCAGAGCAGGCCGGCGGUGGUCCAGGAGUACAUCUGCAAACCUCUCCUCAUUGACAAGCUCAAGUUUGAUAUUCGUCUGUAUGUCUUACUAAAGUCUUUAGACCCCUUAGAGAUUUAUAUAGCCAAAGAUGGACUCUCUAGAUUUUGUACAGAGCCAUAUCAGGAGCCCAGCCCCAAGAAUCUGCACCAUAUCUUUAUGCACUUAACCAACUACUCCCUGAACGUCCACAGCAGUAACUUCGUCCAUUCGGACAGUGCUAACACAGGAAGCAAAAGGACUUUUUCUAGCAUUCUUUGUAGAUUGUCUUCCAAAGGCGUUGACAUCAAGAAGGUCUGGUCUGACAUCAUCUCUUUGGUGAUUAAGACUGUCAUCGCCUUGACUCCAGAGCUCAAAGUUUUCUACCAGUCGGACAUCCCCACAGGGAGGCCGGGGCCCACAUGCUUCCAGAUUUUAGGCUUCGACAUUCUUCUAAUGAAAAAUCUGAAGCCUAUGCUACUUGAAGUAAAUGCAAAUCCCAGCAUGAGAAUUGAACACGAGCAUGAACUUUCUCCGGGGGUGUUUGAAAAUGUCCCCAGCCUUGUCGAUGAGGAAGUGAAAGUGGCGGUGAUCAGAGACACGCUGCGCCUCAUGGACCCACUUAAGAAGAAAAGAGAGAACCAUCCUUCCAGGUGUGGCUUCCACUGAUCAGUGCUUCACAGUGGUGGUGUGUCUGGGCUGCCGGAUCCUUCCAGCAAUG